AUGCAUACGGGGUUCAAUUGUGAUCGCACAAUUCCUAGAUUGCAUUUUGGGGUUAACAGCGGUGCAGCAUGUUUUGCUAUAGAGAACCAAGCAGUCAAUGAGGCUAAUUUUCGUUGCUGUGAUGAAAUGGGUUGGAAGCCCCAGAAAGUCCCUAUUGUUACUUCGGACGGUGGAAUUUCACGAACAAGGGAGACUUCACUUCCUGUUGAGGAAAUCACCAAAGCCUUAGCAGAAAAGGGAUAUGAAGUAAUGGCAUCAGAUGAUGCAGGCAGAUUAAAGGUUCCAGAACUUUGUGAAGACAGAUUUAUUGACAUCUUCAAGGACUACCAUGUCAAUAAUAUUCAAUAUAAGUGA